AUGGCCAAAAGAAGACAAAAAAAGAGAACUCAUGCGCAGGUUGUACCUGAGCAGGAAAAAGGUAUUCCAAAAUCAAUGGUCAUUAGAGUCGGACAAACUUCUUUGGCCAACCACUCUUUGAACCAAUUAGUAAAGGAUUUUCGUCAAAUUAUGCAACCACACACAGCUAUAAAACUGAAAGAGCGUAAGUCCAAUAAACUCAAGGAUUUUGUUGUUAUGUGUGGUCCAUUAGGUGUUACUCAUCUCUUUAUGUUCACACAAUCCGAAAAGACAGGUAAUGUUUCUUUGAAGAUAGCAAGAACUCCACAGGGUCCUACUGUGACCUUCCAAGUGAUGGAUUAUUCCCUAGGGAAAGAUAUCAAAAAGUUCUUAAAAAGACCAAAAUCAUUGAAUAAUGAUGACGUACUAAAUCCACCAUUGCUAGUCUUAAACGGGUUUUCCACAUCCAAGAAAUCCGAUGAAGACAAUCAGGAUGUAAACGUAGAGAAGGUCGUUGUUUCCAUGUUUCAAAACAUCUUCCCACCUUUAAAUCCGGCUAGGACUUCAUUAAAUUCUAUCAAACGUGUAUUCAUGAUCAACAAGGACAGAGCAACGGGCGAAAUUUCCAUGCGUCAUUACUUCAUCGAUAUUAGAGAGGUAGAAAUUUCGAGAAACCUGAAAAGACUUUAUAAGGCUAAGAAUAAUUUGAGUAAAACGGUGCCGAAUUUACAUCGAAAAGAUGACAUUUCCUCAUUAAUCUUGGACCACGAUUUGGGUGCCUAUACAUCUGAAUCAGAAAUAGAAGACGACGCUAUUGUGAGAGUGGUUGAUAACCAAGACGUCAAAGCAAAGCAAUCUCAAAACUCGAAACCUCAAAAGAAAUCAGCAGAGACAAAGGAUGCUAAAGAGGAAGGAGAAGAAGAAGACGUAGAAAUGGAGGAGCCCAAACGCCAAGAACCUUCCCAACCAACUCCACGUAAGAAGGCUAUCAARCUUACCGAAUUGGGACCAAGACUAACCUUGAAACUGGUCAAGAUCGAAGAAGGAAUCUGUUCAGGAAAAGUGUUGCAUCACGAAUACGUUCAAAAAUCAAGCGGAGAAAUUAGAGAAUUGGAGAAGAGACAUGCUGCAAAGAUGAGACUCAAGGAACAAAGAAAGAAAGAGCAAGAAGAAAACAUCGCGAAAAAGAAGGCUGUCAAAGAUGCUAAGAAGGAACGUAAGUUGGAAAGAAGAAAAGCUAGGGCUGCAGAAGAGGGCGACGGUGAAAACAAGGCCGAUGCUAUGAGUGAUGACUCAUCUUCGUCCAGCGAAGAUGAACAUUACAGUGAUGUGCCUGAGGAUCUAGAUAGUGAUUUGUUUAGCGAAGUUGAAUAG